AUGUUUAAGAUUUUAGUGGUGGCGUUAGCACUGAUAAAAUUUAUAAUAGGAUAAGAAGAUAAUUUUCAGAUAUCACUCAACAAAAAUGUUAGUCAGCAGAUAAAGUUUUAUACUCAAAAUCACACUAUUGGAUUUCAAGUAGAUUGGGGACAAGUAGAAUAAACAGUAAUAAAAAAUACUGUUUAUGAAUUAGUUAUAGAUGCAAACGUGACUCAUUUUCCCAGCUCUGAAUACUAAAUUCCAUUUUUAUGUAUUAGUAACAAAACAGCAACAAGUAUAGUAAAAUAAAAAGAUAUGAUAGCUCCAAAAGUUAUAGCAGAUUAUUGCGAUUUUUAUAGCUACAGAACAAAUUAAGGGUAAUAUAGAAUAAUUUUUAACUCCGAAUAAUGGUUUAUUGAAGCGUAAUACUAUUUAUCCUUUUUGAACAUCACUUCACUUUAAAUUUAAACAUUAGAUGAUUUUGAUAAGAUUCCUGUUGGCAACAUUAAGUUGAAUAAUAAUGGAACAUUGCUAGAUAAUAAUUACUGGAUCAUAGAUGUUAAUAUUGGGCUAUACUAAGUUCAUACAAAGUAAUUUGGUUGUAACUCUCAAGGAGAAUAUAACUUAACUUUACAAUAAUGUACUUGCAAUCCGGGAUUUGCAGGAAUGUUUUGUGAAUUUAUUGUUGAAGAAUUAUCUGGUGAUGUAACUCAGAAUGCAAUAAUUUAGCCUUAUAAAUAUUAAUCCUACAAGUUCACAUAUAACAAUUAUUAUAAUCUUGUUAUUGAGUUAAAUAACACCGCAACUUUUAACUACUUCUUUUGUGAUUAAACUGAUACUGAAGAUAAAUUACAAAGAAUGUUUAUAUAGACAUUCCAGUAUAAGAGCUUGAAAUUAUAAUACAAAAGAAAAUAGUAAGUGGUACCCUUACCUUAUAAUGAAACAAUCAACUGCAUUUAUUUUUGGUUUAAAAAUGAUAAUGUUCAGCAAUUGGAGCUUGAAAUCACAAUGAAAGAAGCAAACUAAACAUUCUUAGAUCAAUUUAUUUAAAUAUUAAUUAGCUAUCUAUUCUAUACAUUAAUAGGAGGAGUCUUUUUCUGCGGAUGCUCAUUUUGUAUUGUAUAUUUUAGCAGUGAAGUUUAUAAGAGAUGGACUAAAUUUAUGAGAAGAAGAUAGAUGGAAAAACAGCUUCCGUUAAUGACAUAUUCUUAGUUUAAAUAGAAUUAAAAUUUACAUAGAAAUAAUGAUUAAAAUACUUGUUCAAUUUGUUUAGGCGAAUAUGAAGAUAAUGAUAGAAUAAGAGUAACAUGUUGUCGUCAUGUAUUUCAUUAAGAAUGUAUUGAAGAAUGGGCCCUGAAAAAGAACUAGUGUCCAUUUUGCAGAGAAAAAAUAUUUAUAUUUUUAUAUAAUUCUAUGUUAGAAUUAUUAAAAAGAAAUACUGAUAGAAAUAAUCAAUAAAUCAAUGGAGCUGAAAAUGAAUAAAACAAUUCAGAAGAAUAAAAUAAUAGUGCAAAUGAAAUCUAAGUUAAUGUUCAGAUGGCCACUUUAAAUAUUUAAUAAGAUUAACCAAAUAGUAAUAGAUAUUAAAAUUUAGUUGAAACUAAUUGA